AUGGUAGUGACCCGCAAAGGACAAUCAACAACGACCCAACCGACUCACAACGUUAAUACCGAAGCCAAUCCCGCCAUGACUAACCAAGAGCGUUACCCGUACGGAAUGCCCCAAACUCAACCAGAACCCGUGAUACAGCAGGUCCAGCCGAAUACUGAUCAAAUCCAACCAAAUUUACAUGACGACCUCCGCGCGUUGCGGGAAGAAAUGGCCACCAUACGCAGGCAAAGAGAAGCCGACGCCCGGGAGCUAGCCGAGUUACGGCGGCAGAAUGCCGAACUCCGGAACCUGAACCAAACUUGUGUGCCGUCCACCCCCACAGCCGUGGAAGAAUCUGCCUAUCACGCCCCGACUGAGCCGGUAACUCGAAUGCCGAGCACCUCAUUGAUAGCCAACAGGGCCGAAACCACCGUCCAUUCCCUAAGACAUCCCUUUUCACGGAGAAUAAUGGAAACAACCCUCAUGGAUCAUUGGAAAAACCUCCCAAUUGAAAAAUAUGACGGAACUUCCGACCCCGACGAACACCUAAAUGUUUUCCUGACGCAGGCAACUCUCUCCACCCAAGACGACUCGGCCCUGUGCCGAAUAUUUCCCACCUCACUGAAAGGAAGAGCUCUAAACUGGUUCACCAGGUUGCCGAACUCCUCCAUCGACUCGUUUGCCGAGUUGUCAUCCCAGUUCACUUUGCAGUUUGCGACGAGCAAGCCGUACAGGACGACCUCGUUGGCUUUAGCGGGAGUGCGUCAAGAGAAGAAAGAAAGUCUGAGAUGUUUCAUGGACCGGUUCAACAGGAUUGCCAUGGAGAUCGGUGAUCUCAACCCAGCCGUGGCGCUGGACCGGUUGAGCACUGCCGUCAGGCUAGGACCAUUC